AUGUUCAAUCAAGUCGAUGUAUUAUUCAAUCAAAAGCCUGUGUCAACACCUAACAAUUUAUAUGCAUACAGAGCGUAUAUAGAAACGUUAUUAAACUACGGUUAUGAUGCUAAAGAAUCACACUUAACAACUGUGGGUUGGGCUGAAGAUACACCUGGUAAUUUCGAUGAUGUAGCCAAUGCCGACGAGGGUCUCAAAACACGUCGAAGUUUUUUAACUUGUGGAAAAACUUUAGAUUUUAUCGGCCAUUUACACUGCGAUGUUUAUAACCAAGAAAGGUUUCUUAUAAAUGGUGUGGAAAUGCGCAUACGCCUAACAAGAUCUCGUGAUUCGUUUUGUCUUAUGGAUGGUGCUGAUGGUCAAAACUGUACUCUCCAUAUUCAGGAAGCUAGCCUAGUUGUGAGAAGAGCUAAAAUUUCACCCAGUUUUUUACUUGCCCACGCAAGAUCACUAACUAAAACCACUGCAAAAUAUCUUAUAACACGUUUAGAGGUAAAAGCAGUUUCAAUUCAUACAGGUGUUCAUGGUGAAACAAUUGAUAAUGUGAUACUGGGUCAAAUACCUAAAAGAGUUAUUCUGGGAUUUGUAAAUAAUAAAGCCUUUAAUGGUGAUAAAAGCUUGAAUCCUUUUAAUUUUCAACAUUUCAAUAUUAACUAUUUAUCACUUUCUGUCGAUGGGCGUCAAAUACCUACAAAACCAUUACAACCAGAUUUUUUAGCCAGUGUUCAAUAUCUAGACGCUUAUCAUGCUAUUUUUUUCGGAACAGGCGUGCAUUUUCUAAAUGAUGGCAACACAAUAAAUCGCUUUGAUUACCCAAAUGGGCAUUGUUUAUUUGCUUUUGAUUUGACAGCCGAUUUGUCAGCAAAUAGUAAUUCACAAUGGAAUUUGAUACGCCAUGGUAGCAUUAGAAUAGAAGUGCGUUUCGCUGAAGCUUUAGAAACAACGAUUAACUGUAUAGUAUAUGCUGAGUAUGAUAGCUUUAUAGAAAUAGAUGCCUCCAGACAAAUAUCUGGUGAUUUCACCAGUUAA